AUGCCUAAUCGACAACUAGGACCACUAAGUGAAGAUGAAAAGAGCGUACUGAAGAAAGCUAUAGCAGAGCUAGGCGAAGGCAAAUGGGCACAGAUCAGUCGCGAAUACUUGCCUCAUCGAGCACCGCGACAGCUCCGACAGGAAUGGAUCAACUGUGGUAGAGUUCCUCGUCAGUGGACGCCACAGGAGGACCAAGUGCUGAAGGAAGCUGUGGAUGCAUUUGGUGAUAAACAGUGGGCCAAGAUUGUUAAAUUUUGUUUGCCGCACAGAACCAACACCCAAAUCAGGUCGCGGUAUCGUCUUUAUCUGGCGCCUGAGGUCAAGAAGGGUCCCUGGACACAGGAGGAACUGAGCCUUUUGCUUCGACGUACCAUCAUCCAUGGUGAGAAAUGGGACAAGGUUGCUGAAGGUAUCCCGGGUCGACAACCAGAACAGUGUUACAGAAAAUGG